AAGAAAAGCACCGUACUUGCUGCGCAACCUCCUGGAAGAGAAUCUUCGACUGCCACAUCCGGUCAGCAAAGGCAGGACUUUGGAAGCAGAAUCCGGUUUUACGAGAUCUUAGCAACCCGGAGAACCUACGGAACCAUACCGUUCUUUCCGGAGAAUUACAGCAUCUGCUGAGGGAAAAACCAAAAGGGUCAAUUCCAGCCGGAAGCAUGGUCACCAUUGUGUGUUGUAUUGGGCGAAUCCAGUGGCCGUACGGCUACCAGAAAGAGAACGUGGAACCCUUUUGUGAUCUUGGUCGUCACCAGCUGUGGCCGGAUGACGGUCUAUCGACAACAGAACGUCCAGCUACUGGCACGCUUCGUCAACAAAAUCAGGCUUCGCCAGCAGUCGCGAUAGGUUCCGGUGGAACCAUUGGAAGCUCCAGGCACGCUCAAGAAUGGACACCAGCGAGGACGGCAAACACGGCAGGGUUGUGUUUUCCCGUAAGCGGCUUAAGACGCGCCCAAGCGGUGGUCUAUCGACAAAAGGAAACACGACAGCGUCGUGUGAAGUUAUCAACAGCAGCAACUGCACCCGGAUCCAAGUAUUGGCAAAAUCAUCUAGUGCCGUGGUGUGGUGGAAAUACAACAAUCCGUUCCGCCGGGCCGGAGUAUCUUUUACGGCAACACAGCUUCGAGAAAUCUGAUCCCGAAACGACAUCCGGCACGGCAUUGUCGUGCUUCGCCAUCGGACAGCAGCCGCACCCCAAGUGCGUUGGAAGCGCUGCACCGGCCUCCGAGCAACAACAACUACAGCAGCAGCAGGGCCAGUCGGGAGUCGAGCCGUAAGUGAUAUUUUGAUACCACACUACACUCCAAGGAAAGUAACUGGAAUAAUCGGGAGUCUGGGUGGGGAAAGUAAAAUGUUGCCAAUAUAGAAAAUUAACAUUA